GUUUUGUUAAUGGGAAAAAGUGGAGCAGGAAAGACCAGCAUGAGAUCCAUCAUCUUCGCAAAUUUCAUCGCCAAAGAUACUCGGAGAUUAGGCGCUACAAUUGAUGUUGAACAUGCACAUGUAAGGUUUCUUGGAAACCUAAUUUUGAAUUUGUGGGAUUGUGGUGGACAAGAAGCAUUCAUGGAGAGCUUCAUAUCUAACCAACGUGACAACAUAUUCAAGAGCGUUGAAGUUCUCAUUUAUGUCUUUGAUGUUGAAAGUCGAGAACUUGAGAAAGACUUGGAGAAUUACAAAGCAUGUUUAGAUGCUCUUCGGCAAAAUUCGCCUGAAGCUAAAAUAUUUUGCUUAGUUCACAAAAUGGAUUUAAUACCUCUCGAUCAACAACAAGCCUUAUUUGAUGAACGAAAGAAUAUCUUAAUUCAAAAUUCGGCACCUAUGAAAUGUGUCUGUUUUGCAACAUCAAUCUGGGAUGAGACAUUGUACAAAGCAUGGUCUACCAUUGUAUAUCAGUUAAUUCCUAAUAUUAAUCAAAUUGAAUCUAGUUUGGUGAAAUUUGCUGAGGUACUUGAAGCAGAUGAAAUAUUACUUAUUGAAAAAGCUACUUUCCUAGUAAUAUGCCACUGUGAACGCAAAGCUCAUCCAGAUGCACAACGAUUUGAAAAGAUAAGUAAUAUUAUCAAACAGUUUAAAAUCAGCUGUAGUAAAGUAACUGCUGUUUUCAAUAGCAUAGAAGUUCGAAACUCCAAAUUUGCUGCUUACAUAGAAAGCUUUACACCCAACACUUAUGUCAUGGUAGUCACCUCAGAUCCUGAACUCACUUCAGUAAUGACGCUUAUGAAUAUCCACAAUGGGAGAAAACAUUUUGAAAAGCUUGAAAAAGUUGAAGCCAAACAGUCACUGCUGGGAACAAGAUGA